CCGUAAAACAGGGUCCACUUUUAUUAUUUAUACUAUCUCACCGAGGAUACUUGUAUAAAUCCUCAGCCAAAACUAUUCCAAUCAAAUACAGGCUCAUAUAUCGGAUAUUGACAAAGAAGAAAUAAUUAACCUUGCCAUCUCGUUUUUACACACGUGUCAUGGCUACGAUAUUGUUGUCAGAUCGCCAAAAGGACGAGCUACACAAAGCCAUCCUCGAUUAUCUACAUUCUAACGGUUAUACUACUGCGUUUGAUUCUCUUAAAGCGGAAUCAAAACAAGAUGAUUUUAAUCCUGAUCCUAAACAAAAAUAUGCCGGAUUAUUGGAAAAGAAAUGGACUUCGGUCAUCCGGUUACAAAAAAAGAUUAUGGACCUGGAAAAUAAAAUCACACAAAUGCAAGAAGAGUUGAAUAAUGCGCCAAUUCGAAAAACAAAUAGUGCUGUUGACUGGGUGCCACGUGCACCAGAAAAAUACUCGUUAUCUGGUCAUAGAAAUCCCGUCACACGUGUUACGUUUCAUCCGGUUUUUUCUGUAAUUGCUUCCGCAUCAGAAGAUACUUCCAUAAAAAUUUGGGAUUAUGAGACUGGUGAUUUUGAAAGAACUCUUAAGGGACACACUAAAUCAGUUCAGGAUAUAGCUUUUGAUCCAAAGGGUAAUUUUUUAGUUUCUUGUUCUGCAGAUUUGACUAUAAAGGUGUGGGACUUGCAGAAUGAUUACAAAUGCGUAAAAACACUUUAUGGUCAUGAUCAUAGUGUUUCAUCCGUUGCGUUCUUACCAUCUGGUGAUAUUAUCAUUUCUGCUUCCCGCGACAAAACGAUUAAAUUUUGGGAAAUGGCAUCUGGAUAUUGUGUAAAAACAUACACUGGUCAUUCAGAUUGGGUACGGAUGGUAUCCCCAAGUGAGGAUGGCAAGUGGAUUGUAACUAGUUCGAAUGAUCAGACUUCUCGACUUUGGGAGGUAUCAUCUGGAGAAUGUAAGAUGGACUUUAGAGGUCAUGAUCAUGUUGUAGAAUGCGCAAUUUUUGUUCCUGUUAUUGCUUACCCUUUCAUACGAGAGUUGAUAGGCGUAGAUAAAGAUCCAAAAGCAACAUCUAGAGAUCAGCCAAUUCCUGCACAAUAUAUUGUGACUGGUUCAAGAGAUAAGACAAUUAAAAUUUGGGACUCAACAGGUCAAUGUGUAAGGACACUGGUGGGUCAUGAUAAUUGGGUACGUGGUUUAGUAUUCCAUCCUACUGGCAAGUAUCUUCUUAGUGGAUCCGAUGACAAAACCAUCAAAAUAUGGGAUAUGAAAACUGGACGAUGCACAAAAACUCUAGAAGCGCAUGCGCAUUUUGUAACGUGCAUCGCUUUUAAUACAGGUAGCCCCGUUGUUGCAACAGGGUCUGUGGAUCAAACAGUAAAAAUUUGGGCUCCUUAUAGAUGAAAUAAUUAAAAAAUUUUUUUUUGUAGUUAACUGGUUAUUAGGGAAUAUAAUAUAUAAUAUUAUAUAUAUCAUUAAACAUAGAGCACAUUAUAAAGGGUUACAUUAUUAUAUACUCCUAUCGAUUUUAGUCUUUGUUCUGAUUAUUUUCCGUUACCUUGUAUUACAUAGCGUUUUCUUUUUCGUUUUUAUUAUCUACUUUUCCUUUGUAUUUCUCAUUUGGUCCAAAAUUAUUAAUCAUCCGAUAGUACAUGUUGAUCUGGAAUCUAUUUAAGGUAUUAAUAAACAUGCAAUACCAUGGAAUUGUCAAUUAGUAAUUUAGUCUCUUAGUACCCUCAUCAAGUGAUCGUGGAAUAAUUAUGUAACCUGUUUCAAACAGGUUUCAUGCGUACAAAUCAAUAUCAUUAAUAAAUUAUUAA